AUGAAGCAGAGCUGCGUUCUCGCGCCUACUCUCUUCAGUCUCAUGUUCUCUGCCAUGAAAAUGGACGCCUACCGUGACGACCGCCCUGAGAUUCGCACCGUCUACGUGACAGAUGGCCAACCCCUCAACCACCGGUGGAUACACUCCCGGUCGUGUGUAUGCACAACUACCGUACACAACCUUCUCUCUGCCGAUGAAUGCGCCCUCAACGCCACCUCGAAAGGGGAGUGUGGACCUCUUAGUCGCCGCCUGCGACAACUUCGGCCAGAUCAUCAACACGUAGAAGACGGGGAUUAUGCAUUAACCGCCACAGAUGCUGCCUACGCCACACCCAAAAUCAAUGUAAAGGGCACCCCACUGCAAGCCGUGGACAACUUCAAGAAUCUGGCAGCACCCUCUCGCGCAACACCAAAAUCGACAGCGAAGUGUCCCGCAGGAUUUUCCACAGCCAGCCAAACCUUCGGCCACUUGGAAACCAUCGUCUCGAUUCGUCACGGUUUCCAUCUCGGCACCAUACUCAAGCCGCACAAAGCAGCCAUCCUGCCGACGUUGCUGUAUGGAGCAGAGACCUGGACGGUGUAUAAGAAGCAGGCACAAUGA